AAAAAGAAUGAAUCUGAUACCGAAAGCGGCGAUGAAUGCGACAGCGAUGAUGACUUCGAAGAUCAUGAUUUUCAGGACAUGCAGAAGAUCGCGGAGGAAAAAAUGUGUUGUUCUUCGUCGAUUAAACUCCGUUAUGCCGUGAAAAGGAUGCAAGAGCUCUCUCCAGCGAACAGAGUUGCCUCAGCGACAAAGGAAUGGCGCGUUCGAGCUCAGUUCGAUCCGUCUUUUUCACAUCCUUGGUGGAAGGUUGAGAUCCAAACAGAUGCCAAGAAGUCUUCCAGGGCCAUGAAAGUUGCUUCUUCUCGUCCCUCAUACAGCUCCAGAACUGACGAUGCUGUUGGAGAAGAUAUUUUGUCCCUCUUCUUGAUUGAAGGCUGCGGAGUUGCAGAUACAUAUGCCAAAGAACUGAUGGAAUUCAUCAAAAGAAGUAAUUUUAGACUCACGCUGGUUGAUCUAGUGGAAAACCUUGAAAAGUUCGCCAACAGCGGGAAAGACAAAGGCAACAUGGCGGAGCAGAUCAUGAAAUGCCUACAAAGUUCAUGUAAGUUUUAUUAAAAAUAUUAUGACCUCAAUCGACAAAUACAAGGAAAUUGGUUUAGGAAAAUCUUUUGGGGACAAAAUGUUGUCUUUUACUGGCACAUGCAUGUUCCACCAUGAAAUCUUAAAUAUUAAAUACAUAAGCUUACAAUUAAGCCAUAGAAAACGUUUUUUGUGUUUGCAUAGCGUGAUAUAAACACGAUAGGGGUUGGGAGAAUUCAAGACAGUUAUGCAAACCCUAGACGAAGUCAAAGAAAUCAAAUUUCAAAUCAUGUAUGAUCAAUCUAUUAUUUGAAGAACUUCUUAACUUAUUGUUAAACUUUCAGAAGAGCUUUACACACUAUUAUUGAUUUUAAGUUUAUGGCACUUUUUUGCCCGCAAACUAUUUUACAAGAAGAUAAUAACAAUGAUAAAAUAAGAAUCAUAAAAUAUGGUUUUGUCACGGCUUAAUAAGAGUAGCGCUAUUACAAGGACAGACAUUAAAUGAAACUAAAAGUUUCAUAUUAAAAAUGCUCAAAGUGGCACUAUUCGACUGUGGGAUCAAUUAGAACUGCUACAGUGCAGUGCUUGACGUUCAGAAAAAAAUGUUGGGGACAGCUGGCCCCAAAGUCUUCUUUUUGGUUGCCAGAACAAGUUAGUAUUCUAGUCGCCAAAAAUUAUGUUUAAGAACUAAUAGAAUACAAUAAACUUAACAUCUUUUACUUAGCCUUAACAGAGAAAGAACGCUUUAGACUUCAUUUCGAAUGGUUUUUGCUUGAGGCUCGUUUACCUGCUGGUGUUCGGGAAAAUGAACCCCCCCUCAAGCAUAAAUUUCCUCAAACAGAUAUUCAAGCAAUGGAAUACACAUUUAGGUAAACAAACUUUAGGAAUCACAAAAACACUUAUUUGGGUUAUUAAAGAACAAAAUCUGCAAAAUUUGUUUUGCGUGUCAUGUGUUUGGAUGUUCAGAAAUGAACAUCAGUGAAACUUGAACUAUUUCGCGGUUGCCUAGCACGUGAUCAAAAGUCUCCAGAAAGACGAAACAUUGCUAAUGUUUUCGGGCAACGAAGUUGAUUUUGCGAUAAAUCUGUUAGACAAAGAGCAUGAGUUCAAUGGUACUUCAUUAAAAGUCAAUAAAAUAUGGCAGGGCUUUUAUUUGGGUCAUCACUCUCAACAGAAAUUUGCAUAAAGUUGUUUACAAGAAGCUCGAGAAAUAAGCACCAUUCGUUCUCAAUUAGCUUAAGCUUUUAUCAGACUAAUCUGUUAUCAAGUCCGCAAUCAAGAUACAUGAACGAUAUAGAGAAACUGUUUUAAAUCGAUGUGCUAAAAGUCAUUCCCGGAGAAACACAGGACGACCUGUUGUGAAUUGUGAUUGAUUUGCCCGAAAGUUGAUAAAUUGUUGGAGAAAAAUCAUUAUUUGGGAGUGAAUGCGCAGAAUCCUUACUAACGCAUAAGCUGGAAACAUUAUCUGGUACAAGACCAUACUUGACUUUAUACAUCAGUACUACGAUGUCUUGAAAACGUGUAUUAUACAACAUGAGAAGGUUAGCCCUCUCUAAGAGUUCUUCAUACAUAUCCGAGUGGAUCUAUAUAUGGCUCUCAAUGCAAGUUCUUGUAUUCGUUCCACCUUCCUUUUGUCUGACAACUUACAAAAAUGCCAUAUAAGGUGGCAAUGUGUAAGGUGGGGCAAAAUAAAAGCUUUAAACAGCAACAGCUUAGCCUUACAUGGUAUUAAAUUUCUUAAUCAAGAUAGUAUCAGUCUUUUUGGCUAGUCUUAAUACAUAGCUCACUUAUAUGCUUCUAGAAAUCAAGGUCGUCGUCAAUGCGGACUCCUAGUAGUUUAAUGUCCUCUGAUUUGUCGAUGGGUAGCUCAUCCGCGCUUAGCAGUGCAUCACUUGUAUCGCCAUCCAUUUAUCUCGGGUUGAUAUUUAGGAAUUGGAACUUCUUUGGGUUAGCUGAUAAAAAGUUAUUUGAAUACCAUGUCAGAGCUUGCUUGAUCCUUGUUUUCAGUUGCUGUCUAACUAUUUCAUGAUUUGUUCCCUUUACAUGCAAUUGACGGUCAUCCGUGCACAUAGUUAUGUUUCCAUUCUUGGCAUGCAAUGGUAAAUCAUUCUGGAACAUGGUCCAGAGUAAAGGCCCAAAUGAUGAUUCUUGUGGACAUCCAUGUUUCAUAGGUUUCCAAUCGCUUGUAAUUUCACCCAGUUUUAUCCUGUUUCGUCUGUUUUCAAAAAAUGAUCACGUCAAAUCAAGAGAUCCACUUACAAAGCCAUAAGCCUCCAACUUCUUUAUUUUCAGAGUGUGACUCAAGCAGUCGAAGGCCUUACUCAUAUCAGUAAAUAGAACAUAAACGAGUUGUUUUGAGUGGACAGCCUGUUUCCAGUCGUCUAUCAGUCCAAGCAAGUUCGUCUCACAGCUAUGUGACUUUUUAUAUGCUCUCAUUUUCAAUUACAGGGUUUUAUUGUAGUGGCAUGUUACCUGAUGACUUAAUAACUGCUCGAAUAUCUUGUUAACUGCUGCAAGGGAAGUAACAGGGUGAUAGUUUUUGCAUCUUGUCUGUUCCCCUUCUUAAAGACUGGUGACUGUUGUCCCAUUUUCCACGAUGCCGGCCAUUCGCUCUUCUCUAUACAAUGAUUAUAAAGGUUGGUUAGUGAUAUUGCGGUUUCCUUAGCCACAUUCUUAAGAAGCUUUGGUGAGAUCGCAGAAUCCCAACCAAAGGUUGGUUAGUUAUAUUGCCAUUCUCUUAGCCACGUUCUUAAGAAGCUUUGGUAAGAAACAUUGAAAAUGUUGAAACAGGCUGUCCAUUCAAACAUUGUUGGCACUGAUAAAACAACUGAAUGCAUGAAGGAUUUCACACAUUUUCCACACGACUCCGCCAGCGGCCAGAUCACCCUAAAUUAUACUAACCCCAUAGAAGUGAAGGAAAUCAUUUGUAACAUGAAAACAAAUAAAGCCAUUGGCCAUGAUCUUAUUCCCGCGAGGGCAGUGAAAGAUUCUGCUGAAGUGUUGUGUGAGCCGUACUGCACUCUCUUUAAUUAUAUUCUGGACGUUGGAAAAAUCCCUAAACAGUGGAAAAAGGGCGAAAUAACUCCAGUGUAUAAGAAAGACUGCAGCCUGUCCAAGGAUAAUUACAGACCUCUCACCAUUCUUCCAUCUUUGUCAAAAGUCUUUGAAACGCUCGUUCAUUCAAGAGUCAGUCCCCGGUUCAGAAAUAUGCUCCACAAGUUCGUGUUCGCUUAUAGAAAGCAUCACGGUUGUGAUACUGCCCUGCUCAGUCUUACGGAGGAAUGGCGAAAGGAGUUGGACGAUCGGAAAAUAAUUGGCCUUGUGUCUAUGGACUUGUCGAAGGCCUUCGACUCUCUACCACACGAUCUCAUUGUGAAGAAGUUCAAAGAAUAUGGUGCUGACGAGAGAACUGCUAAUAUCAUUGAGGAUUAUUUCUCUGAUCGCCAACAACGAGUGAAAGUAGCUGGAGAAUAUUUGAGCUGGAAUUAUAUUUCCGGAGGGAUUGCCCAAGGAUCAAUCCUCGGACCUUUGAUAUUUAAUAUUUUCAUCAACAAUCUCCUGUUCAUCCUGAAAAGAUGUAAACUCCCUAGCUACGCAGACGACACGCAAAUUUUCUUUGCUCAUAAUGACUAUAGAGAAGUUGAGAGUGCCAUAAACUCUGAUCUGGAGCUUGUUGAUAAAUGGUAUGAUGAGAACGGUCUGAAAAGGAACAAUUCUAAGUAUCAAGCUAUUGUGAUGGGAAAAUCUGACGCCACACUUGAUUUCAAGUGUGAAAAUUCCAGUAUCCCAGUGACUAAAGAAUUUGAGAUGCUUGGCAUAACGAUAGAUAACACACUGAAGUUUGACAAUCCUGUUGCUAAAAUAUGUAGGAAAGUUUCACAGCAAAUAGCUGUUCUUAAAAGAAUGAAGAAAAUGCUUCCCUUCAAAACAAGGCGCUACCUAUAUUUAGCAUUUAUCCUUCCUCACUUCAAGUAUUGCAGUGAAACCUGGAAUUUUUGUAGUAAAAGUGCUGCAGACAAAUUGGAAAGGUUAAAUGAGCACGCGAUCAGGUUUGUUUUCAGGGAUAAGUACACAAGCUACUCGGAACUUCUCAACGCAUUAGGCCUCUCAUCUUUAAAACAACAAAGAUGAAUUAAAAUCACACUGUCUAUUUUCAAUGCCGUCCACAAUCCUUUAGCGCCCAAAAGUAUACAAGACCUGAUAGUUCAUAGUAAGAACGUUAGCUACAAUUUAAGAGGUGAGUAUAUCCUCUCGCUACCCAAGCCAAAGUCUACUACAUAUGGCUUGAACUCAGUCUGUUAUAUUGGUCCGAAACUCUGGAAUUCAAUUCCAAACAUGUUUAGAAAUAUAACGAAUUUUAAGUCUUUUAAGAGAUCCAUUAGCCAAGUUGAUCUAGUGCAAUUUUUAUAAUUUCAAUGCUUUUUUAUUGAAUUUAGUAUUUAUUUAGAUAUAAGAUAUACUUAUUAAGAUUUUAUUGUUAUAAUUUUGAUUAUAGAAUAUUCCAUAUCUAGUUUUUUAACUCUUAAUUUUAUUGUGUUUGUGGAAUACCUGUAAAUUAGCUGGCGUGCUUUCACAGACCCCGAUUUCGGUUCCGUCUGUGAAAGCACUCCAUUAUUGUAGCUAAGUGUAUUUUCACAAUAAACUCUUAUUGUAUUGUAUUAUUGUAUUGUAUUGUAUUGUAUUGUAUUGUAUGCAGAAUCCCAACCACUAGAUUUCUUUGGAUUGAUGUUUUCAAGUGUCCGUUGCACUUCAUUUGGCCUGAGUAAUUUAAAAUCAAAAUAGUUUUCUUCGUAGGCCUCUUGUAUGCUCUUUACACUGUCAUGCUCGCUAUGAUCUUCCUCAGUCAGAUGGCUGACGUGAUCUCCUCCAAUAUUUAAUGCUUCGUUGAUAAAGUAGCUGGCCAACGUUUCUGCCACUUCACUUUGAUUCUUUUUGAUGUUGUUUUCCUUAGUUUUUAGAUGUAUUGUUUUAGAUGUUAUCAAUGAAAGGUUUGAAAGUAUCAUAAAACUUUUCUGGACUGUCUUUAUGUUUUUCCAUGAUUUUGUACCAAUAUGUUCUGAUCCCUUUUCAACGCUCCCGCGUGGCUAGAUUUUGGUACUUCCUCUUGAGUUCUAAGUUCUCGACCGUACGAUCUUUUGCAAGCAUUUUAGCAAACUUUCUUUUCAUUCUCAAAUUAUUUUUCCAUUCCCGAAUCAUAUAAGGGAUGUCCUGUUCACUCACCCUCUUUCUUUUGACUGGUGCAUGUGUGUUGAUGAUACUCUCAAAUAGUCCUCUCCAGUAUUCAUGCGUGUCAUCUGUGUAAGUGAAAAUAUCACUGACAUGCCAAGGCGCAUUACUUAGUUCUUGAUUAAGUAACUCAAAGAGGGCUUACACUUGCAUGCUUUCUCCUUCAUUUUCCCAUAUAUCAUAUAGAGGUCGCUUAUUUCUGGGUUAUAAACCCUGCACCUAUUAAACAGCUUUGGGGAAUUUGUGAGUAACACGUCCAAAAGCGUGCAAGAAUGCAUCGUGACUCUGCUGGGCUUUGUAAUCAGACAGGACAAGUUAUAUACCUCCUCUAAAUCUCUUAGCAUUUUUUCCUCACCCUGGCCAGGCUUAAGCCUGUCCAUAUUCAAAUCUCCUAAUAUAACUAUACCCUGCUUCUGGAGACAUGACCACUGGAAAAGGUCAUUCAUUUCCUCCUCUACAUUCUGCAAGUAUUUCGAUCUGUUGUUCCCUUUUGACUGUUUGGGUGGCCUGUAGAGCGCUAACACAAUAUUUCUUUCCUCCCUAUCGUACAUUAAAGCGCGAUAGCUUCCAGCUUCCUUUUGGUCUUGGGCAAUUUCAAUCUCUUUGACGGAAUGGAUGUAGAGAAAUAAGCAAUGAGCUUCACCUCCCCCUUUGGUUCUAUCUCUGUGAUACAUACUGUAUCCUUUUAGUCUGAACUGGUCGUCAGGAUAAGAACGGUUGAUUUUGGUUUUGGACACAAUUAGUAUUUGUGCCUUCCCUUCAAAGGGUCAUUCAGGAGUUUUAGUUUCUCAAAUUUAUUUUGUAUGCUGUUAAUAUUCAAGUGUGCCACAAAAGCAUUGUGCAAAAUGGUCUUCCCCAAUCGAGCUCUCCUGGUGGUUCAGAGGGACGUCAUUACCAUAUAACUCAUUUGCAAAUAAUGUUGUUACCUUCCAUCGAUGAAAUAACUGACAGUGAGUUCAUUUGCGUGUUUAAGUCUUCAAACAAAAGGCUCCCUUUCGUAAAUGGAAGGUUACACGAUGAACAUGUCCAAUCCAUGUCAGGAAAAGCUACAAUAGGAGAUGCUUAAAGGUUUCCUCAACCUCAUACCCAGGGUUCUCUCCUACCCCUCCCUAUGGAGCGAGAGAGAACCUGGGAACGAGGUUGAGGUUUCCUUUGUAAGGCCGACACAUGUGGUGUGUGUCCAUGUGGUACAAGCUUUGCACAAAAGUGCAUCUUGAUUCGAGUGAACAUUUUUGCAACAUUCCUUACAAGGAUAAUUUGGCAAUUUCUUGGUAUUCUUUGGUCCAGGAUUUGUUUGAACAUCUCCUCCCAGAAUAAUAUAUUAAAGCUGAAAGGUACUUGUACCGUUUGUAGUGUAGUAUGCCCUUGACGUUAAAAAUACAUUUUCAUGACCGCGGCACCUUUGAGUGAUUUAUUUGGGAAUUACAGCAACUUGUGUAGUAAAACUGUAGCCCAUAGGAUCUAGUUGUAUCUUCCUCAUAGCAGUAGACAGUUGAUGCAAAAACAAGCAGAAAUUAAAAACAAGUGAGAGUCGGAGUGCCAUUAAUUUGCAUCUGUUCGCCUUGACAUCUCAUGCUUGUUAUUGUAAUUAAGUAGUUUUCGUUUAGAUUAUAGAACUUAGUAUUUUCAUUUUAUAGUAUUUGUCAAUAACUGUUAUCUACCAGUCAUUUGCUUCCUUUUAAAUCUGAUGGAAUCACCAUGUCAAAAUAAAGUUUGAUUGAUUGAUUGAUUGAUUGAACCAAGGCAAAAAAGUGCUAAUGUCCAGGGUGGGGGGGGGGGGGGGGGGGUAAAACAAAAAACAACAUUUAUUCUACACACAUAAAAAAAAAAAAAAAAAAUAAAGAAAAGAGAGAAGGAGUGGGGGGGGGGGGGGGGGCGCAAAAAAAAAGAUGAGAAAAAAAAAAGGGACGGAAAAAAAAAAAAGAAAAAAUUUUAUAUUGUUAGUGACGCGGCGUGUUUUUGUGGGGGAAAGGAGAGGGGGGGGGGGGGGGGGGGGGGGGGGGGGGGGGGGGAGAGGAGUGGGUGGCAUGGGUGCAGCUGAAAUUGACUGAUGCAUAAAUGAGCAAAAAUCUGCAUCAGAUUUCACUUUUAUGCUUAAUUAACUUAAACGAAUCUGGGUGAAACUUAUGUGAUGAGCUAAGAAACAUCGUAUAGCUCACAGACUCCCGUGGUGAGCUGGGGCUACCUCUGUUUACAGUUAGCUAGCCUUGUUAUGUUGCCCCUUCAAAUUAUAAUUAGAGAUCGAGCAGUGGAGACUAUAAAGGCCACUUUUUUGGGAAUGACAGUGUGUGGAUCUAGCUGGAAAUAUAAUGGACUGUUUGUUCGAGAUAGAGCGAUUUUUGCAUGACCUUGAUAUGACAACCCACAAACAAAACAGAAAUGACAAAUGAACAGAAAUAGAGUGAUUUGAUUGGUUUAUCAAACAGAUGCAAAUGCGUGUGGCUUUUGGUUGGUUAAGCCAAUGCACCGGUUAAAAAAAUUCAUGCCCGGGAACUUUCUAGAAAUCCCCCGAUACUUCGCUUUGACCUCAUACUGCAACAGGAUUGGCCAAUUGAACAAUGUCUUCUCCAUAUUAGGGUUUUCUUUGGCGGGAAGAAAAAGAGGCCAUGUUUUGUUUUUCAAGUUUAAACGAAAAUCGCUCUAGCAUCAACAUGAAUAGAACAUCAGGAAUUGACACUAGCCAAAUUUUAUAGCUUCACGUAGAGAACUUAAUUUUCGACAUGGGCCAGAUAGCAGCUGCUCUGCAAAACUCAUAGCCAGCGGACUGAAUUGUUCUGGACAAAUUAUUUCUUUGCGACAUUUUGACAAGGUUUGAGAUGAGAUAAAGCUAUAUAAAAUUCUUAAUUUACCUUGACAAUAAAAAACAAAAAGCAAUUCCACAGUAAUCUCUCUCCCAGAGCUGUCAUUAAGAGGCAGCGGUCAGGGAUUUCCUCCAGCUACUAUGAACAUGGCCCCCGGCUACUUUCAAAGGAUUUCUACUUGUUGUAUUUACCCGGCACCUUGAAAUCUUAGUGACAACCCUGCUCUCCUCUCCCCUCCCCUUCCUAUGUUUUUGGCUCUCACUCCAACUUUCGCUCUAUGACUCAAUUGGAAAUGUUUGCUACUCAGGCUAUUUCCUGGAAAUGCAGGGAGUCAUUAGGUAUUACACUAGAGCUAUGCAUUUCCAGCAAAAUUGAAAUGUCAAGGAAGCAUUUAAUUUCAGGAGAGGGGGCAUUUGUUGGUCAUUUACAGUGGUGCACAGAUGCUUACUGCUGCCAUGGAAAUUUUGGUAUUAAUUGCCCACACACAAACACACACACACACACACAUAUAUUCCAAGCCGGAGUUGGAAGCUUCCAAGAGGAUAUCCUGAUAUAUCAACUUUUACUAAGAAAGAGAAUUAGUUUCAGGCAAUUUCUAAGCAGUGAUAUGUGUGGUUCCACAUUCUUGCUUAAAGUUAUUCACAUAUGCUCUGAAUAGCACUGUGAAAGAUCAGCCAUGAGUCAAGCUUUAGCUUACAAGAUGUUAAGAUGGAAAAUUAUGAAACUGUUUGCACGAAAAGUGGUCAUGGUUGCCCACAAAAGGGGUUGCUUACAAGAGGUUCUAACUAUGUGGGUUUGACUGGGAAAAUUUUGGCAUUUUGGAUAGGUGGUGGCUUAUGAGAGGGACAAUGUAGUCGCACAUGGAGGUUUGACUGUAUCUUUCUUUUUAUUUUGUAACAGCAACAGGAAAGGCUUUCCAUGUUCCAAGGCUUACUAAGUAUGCCCAUCGUCUCUUCCCAAACCAAGCGUGUUCACUCUUUGAUGGUGAGGGUAUUGAAUUACAUAUCCUACGGAGAAUGGAUGAAUCAUUAGGCAGUGAACCAUGGAUUUUAGGCUUCAAAAAAGUCCUGAAAGAUCAGUUUCGCAUUUCAGGCAUUGAGGCUAAACUAUCGGGAUUCAUUGACUGUGAUCUUUUGAGUAGAAUGCCUGAUGACAAGCAAGAUGCACUGUAUAUUUAUAAUGCACUAUCAGAGGUGACUCGCAGGUGUGGACACACUUAUGUCCUCCUUGGUGAGCUGAAACAACCAAAGUAUUAUGACAAGCCAUACGCCCGACAAUCACACCAUGUUAAACAGUGGGAGAGGGCACUUGCUUAUUUGAAGGAAAUUCAAGUUAUUGGAACUGAAGGUGACAUCUAUGAUGACAGGUGCCAUGUGUUUCUGACACAUUUACGAGAUUACGAGAAAAAAAUUGCCUCCAGUCUUUCCAGGAUGAUCAUGAAGCAAGAAUCUUGGAUUGGCCCUAUUGAUGUGAAAGAAGAGGUUAGUACUAACUCUACACUGUGUAUUUACCAGUGGAUUCCUGUGCCUUGUUAGAUAAACAUGUUUAUUUCUUGCCUGUAUUACAAACUUAUUAUUGGCUUAUUUGAAGUUAAAGCAGUUCAUGUUCAAUUCUAGGAGAUCUGAGCAAUUUAAAAUGUCAAAAUUUGACUUUUCUUUUAAAUUGUUGUGAAAAAGCUGUUGAUCAGAUCACGCCAGUAUAUAAUACCAGAUAAGCAGUCUGUGAUUGAAACUUUAAGUAUCAUACCUACCAUUUUUGAGUAAUUUUCAGUACAUUGUUCAAACUUCCUGUAAGCGACCACCUAAAAAAAAAAAAGAUUUAGUGGACGCUUACGGGAAGUGGUUGCUUAAGAGAAUUGAUCCACGGGGGGUCUCUUCCUAGGAAAGGUUUGAACACAUCUACAUUUUGAAAGAGAUUCACAGCAUGCAGCUUCAAUGAUUAUGUGUAGGCUCAUGUCGUCAAUGAAAUAUUGUUCUUUGAAUAGACCCUUACAUGGUUCUUUUCAAGUUUUGAUAAAACCAGUUAGUGAAUAUCCACUGACACUGCUGUAAAGAGCCGCCUUAAAAUUAGGAAACUUGCCAACAUGGUGGGUACAUUUAAAGAGAGCAAAGAUAUUGCUUCACAAGGUCAUGAAAUUUUGCAAGCAUUCGUAUGGUGUGGGCACGAUUUUGCCCCCCACCUUACAAACAUCUUUAAAAACUUAGCCACUUAAUGAGGCUCUAUUUUCAUUAGUUUUCAAUGAAGCGCAUUCAAACUUGACAUCUUCACUAAUUUUAAGGCAUUCCUGAGUUGACAAUUUUUUGCUAACUGGUCCCAGUCAAUAGUUGAAAAAACCGUGGAAGAGUCUUUUCUCUGAUAAUAGUGUAGUACAUUCAGUGAACAUAGAGGUCGAUCAAACCUUACGUUCAGUGGUCACCUACAAGAGGUUAAAAACGAUGGAAAAUUCUAAAACUGUUGGGUUAUCCAAAAAAGUUGUUGUAGUAGCUCAUGAGAGGUGGUAUUUUACGAAAGGUUCUGACGGUAGUGAUUUGACUGGAAAGAUUAUAUUUUGAAUUGGGGGUGGUUUAUGGGAGGUGGCCGCUUACUAGAGGUGGUUGCACAUGGAGGUUCUACUUUAUGAUUUUUUUCAGUGGCUCUUGUAAACUGCUAUCGCUGGCCAAUGUCUUGGUAGUGACAGGUGUUGUUUCGAUUGGUUUUGUCUUGCCAGCCUUAAGGAUUUUUUCUGCACCAUUCAGUUCUGCUAAGGUGUGUAGCAGGAGUGUCUUCUGUCCAAGGGUAAGGUCCAACGUAGCAAUGUGGUCGGAGUGGACUACCUUCAAGGCUUCUUGGGAGUCCAGAUCGCUUUUCCCUAGUUUGUCAAUCGUCUUCUGCUUCAGCCCAUGGUUGUUGCACCUCGUUUUAAAAUCAAAGCUCGUCAUAAUAAAAAAAAAAUUGAAUUGCUACUGUAUGUGUGCUAACAGUGUAGAAAGUCCGCUGAUUGCAUAGAGAAUGAUACAAUUAUGCCGAAAGUUUGCUUGUACAGGGCGGGCAAAGCGUGGAAUUUCCGCUGCAGUAUUUAAUUGUGAUAAACAAGUCUAUCACUCACGUAAGCACAUAUCGACAUUCUAGUUCAAGCAGUGUAUAAGUUGUUUGCCACGUGAAUCUAGUUUAGUGGCCUUAGCUUGCGGGAGUCUACUGUAGUUCAGUAGUAGAGCAUCUGGACCAGUAACCAGAAGGUCAUGGGUUCAACUCCCAUUGAGAAUAUUCAGAGUUUUUUGUUCUUCCAAGCUGCCUGUGUCACUGACUGAAAAGUUGUUUUUUUUCUAUAACAGUGUUAUCAAUGAUUAGGAUGGAAAACCCACCAACCAUGAAUAGAGUUCACAAUUAUCUACAAUCACUUGCUGGGAGGGUUUAGUUUGCAUGUGUGCCUAAAUUCCUGGUGCCAGUUGUUCAAAAGGUGGAUAACGCUAUCCACUGGAUAAAUCUCUAUCCAGUGGAUAGCGCAAUAAUUUUCCCUAAUACUUAAUCACAGGAGAGUGAUUUAUCCAUUGGAUAUUGCUAUCCAAUGUUUGAACAAAUGGGAACUAUAGUUUGAACGUUAUUGCUGGUCCUAGAACCUUCAGUUGAAACAACACCUGCUCUUGGAAAUUAAACCCAGCAUGGUCCUACACAGCAAAUCAGCCUUGCAAACACAAUACUGUGGAAUCUCUUGGAACCAAGACAAGUGUCCCCUGAAUAGAGGUUGGGCUGGGAUUGCUAAUAACCAACAAAUAUAAUAGUUUUCUUGUACUCUUCCUUGGAAGCUGCUGUGGUCAUUAUUUCAGGCAGCUAGAUACAUAACGUAUAAAAAUCAUGAAUAACUUAUCUUUGCUAUACAGUCAAACCUGUUUACUAUGGUCACCCUUGGGAAAUGACAAGGUGACCGCUAUAUACAGGUCAACUUUGCAGAAAAUAUAAGGCAACUCAAUAUUAUGGGAAGUUGUCCGGUGACCGUAAUAUACAGGGUGACUGCUAUAUACAGGUUCAACUGUAUUUUGUGUUGAAUUCCCACAAGUGCAGUACAUCAAUUUAAGCGAGGUAGUUGUGAAUGCUGUCAUCAUUAAUGUUUAUCCAUGCUUUUUGUGGUCAGACACUUCAAGUGCUAAGGUGCCUCCUGAAUGGAGGUUAAACAGAGGUUUUGUGAUCCACAAAUAGUGUCCUUUUUCCCCUAACUGGGGGUCUCCCUUGAAUUGAGUUGUCCCAAAGUAGCCUUGACUCAGACAUAAUCAAACCCUAGUUAGUAACAUAGGCGAAGCUGUGCGGAGAAAAAUAAUUUUAGCAAGAAUGAAAAGAGCACAUAAGAAUUAGCGAAUGUGUACAUUUUUAGUUCGUAUUUAAAACAAAGUGAUUCUUUUUCAUGUUUAAGGUGUUUCGUGGAGACAUAGACCAGUUGAAAGCGGCAAAGCUUUUAACAACGAAACCAGUUGUGGUUAUGUCAGGAAGAGGUGGUUGUGGCAAAACGUUUGUAGUCUCUUCCAUUUUAAAGAUGAAAGCAGGCUAUCUUCCUGUAGAUUCAUCUGGUGAAGAACAGAUCGAUCCCGGUCUACUGCCCGAAAACACAGAUGAGGAACCGGGAGCUGCCUUGCUGGAGUCGUUGGACCUUCAGAGUUCAACGGCUCCGAACUUGCAGAGCAGUCAUCAAAGUCUGUCAUCCAAAUGUCAGCCCACAGACCCACAAGCCAGUCAUGAGUCCUGCCCGGUGUCGACCUAUGCCUCUAAAAUUGAAGAUGAAGUAUUACUAACAGCUCCUACUGGAAAAGCAGCGGCUUUACUGCGCAGGCGAACAACGAUCUCCGCGUACACAUGUCAUUCAGUGAUUUUCAGCUUUUUCAGCUGGCUGAAGAGGAAAAAGAAAAAAGAAAAAGAAAAAAGCACUGGAGCUGAAAAUGAAGAGACAGAGGCGUGGAAAUUCUCCGAAGUACGUCUCCUAGUCUGCGAUGAGUGUAGUUUGAUUCCUGUGAGGUUGUUCGCUACUCUGAUCGGCAUUUUGAGUAGGAAUUCCAAACUAAAGCAAGUGGUUCUCCUGGGAGACAUCGCUCAACUUCCCUCCAUUGAACCAGGGAAUUUAUUAAGUGAUGUUUUUCAUGCGCUUGAUCCGCACGGUGCUAGUAUAAAACUGAGAACCAACCACAGGACAGACUCAGCACACAUUGUACAGAAUGCAAUCAACAUUUCUCAACAACAGAUGCCACGGUUUACUAAUUCUGAUGGUGGGUUUGUCUCCCUUGAAUAUCCAGCAAAGAACACUGGCGAAGACAGCAACACGAUUGCGGAAAAAGUAAGAGCGUUGCUUAAAGAAACAGAAUUACCUGAGCCAAAGAAGUCUCAAUUUGUUGCAUUUCGCAAUAAUGACUGUUCGCUCAUUAACGAACUUUGCGCUGUCCAUUACAACAACCACUCUAUCAAAAACGAUAAACGAAAGUUUGUUUUUCAGAUUGGCGAUAAGGUUUGCCUAAGGCGUAACACCGUAUGCUUCGAUGAAAAUGAAAACAAGGAGAUUAAGUUGAAUAAUGGCGAAAUUUUCUUCAUCAAAGACAUCAUUGAAGUACAGACCAACCAAUCUAAGGAGACGUAUUUUGUCCUUGAUGACGAGGACAGAGCUAUCAAAGUAAAUCUGCGAGCACUGAAGAAACUGAGCCAUGCAUGGGCAAGAACCAUUCACACGUUUCAGGUAAAAGUGUUUUUAUUGUCUUUUUGUGGCACUUCAUGAUCGCCCUUAAACUAUUCGCUCCUACAAAUUUUGCUUAAAAGCGCGUUUUAAAUCUAUUCGAGCUGUUUUCUGAUCACUGUCUGGCUUUAAAGGGCUAAAACUUAGCAAAAAGCCGCUUAUGCAGGUCGGCACUUCCUGGCCUUCUUAUCCAGAUUCAAACUAAUAGCUUUCUAGGAAGUUCGGGCGCGUACGCUUACAGAAAGCAAAAUUUCGCUUGUUCUCCUCCACUCCUCUUUCCCUUUUCUUAUCUCUCUCUCUAUUUUUUUUUAACCUGUGGGAAAUGUUUUCGUUACGACAACUCAAGUAACAAAGUAUCAAGUGCACCACACAUUUUGAUACAUUUCUUUACUGCAAUGCAUGACAACGACUUGAAGUUUCCCAGUGCGAUGUUUACAGGAAUUGAGGACGCAAACAAAAAACACACUUCGAUAAAUAUUUCUUUCUCUUUCUGAGCUUUGACACUGUUUUUAAAAACUCAACUUCACGAGAAUUCGCUAAUAUUUGACCAAAUGAGCGAGUUGGAAUAAUCGUGAAUUACUUAGUAAGGCCUAGUCUGCUACACAGCCGUUUUCAGUGUCGUCACGCAACGCUCCUAGUGGGGAGGAGCGUUGCGUGACGACACUAAAAACGGCUGUGUAGCAGACUAAGUAAGGCCCAGUUUAUAUAUCGGAUGAAAGGGUUACCCGCCUACCCGACCUACCCGACCUACCCUGGACGUGCCAACUUUUCAUACAUUUCCUUAGAAAAUUCUACUCAUAUCACUGUUUACAUGAGAAACAAAAGGUUGCCUCAAGCUAGACGGGGACCCGCCUAGCCGGGUCACCCUAUUUUGACGGAAGGGUCACCCUCUUAGCUCGGCCAACUUUUCUCCAUAUAAACACUUUGGCUCGCCUAGCCGGGCCAACUCGGUCAAGGCGAGACAAUCAAAGCAUGGGCGAACGCUGUUAUCUCGGGCUAGGCGGUCAGCGUUUUUUGUUCCGGGAAAGAGGGUCAUCCUCCCAGCCGAGUCAACUUUAGCGAACUUUUGUGUGACAAAAAAGUUUACACCUUUGCCCGGUAUGGUUUCUCGUUGUUUACGCCCCAUUCUCUUCGCGGCUUAACCACUCAUCUGCGCGCUCGACCAACAAAGCCUCCAGCUACGCAGGCUACUGACGAUUUUGUGUUUUGCCUUUUCCAGGGCUCGGAAAUUAACACACUGGUUUACGUGCUGGGAAAUCCUUACUAUCAGAACUGGCAGCAUGUGUACACAGCCGUGACCCGUGGUGUCCAGAAAGUUUUGAUUAUUAACGACCCAACAAAUUUGAAGAAGGCCAUCAGAAGCCGUCCAACACCACGAAAGACGAAUCUACAGGAAGACCUUAGCAAAGCCUUAAGAAACAGCUUCUCACAGCGCACCCAUGUUCUACAAUCAGUUGGUUGUAACAAAAGGAAUCAGCGUCUUGACAGUCCUGAUCAUUUGGAUGCGACGUUUUCCCAUCAUGGAAUUUCCAGUGAAUUGAUGUCCCCCGAAACACUAGGGAAGAGUUCUUUUUACUUCUCAAGGAAACGCCUCCGUGAAAGAUCCAUGGAAAAUAAAAUGGACACUUCCUUUAGUUCAACGGUAGAAUUGGUCAGUAAAGAGAACAGCGAACUGUCCACAAUGCAGCCAGUUGCUUCCGCUGCUGCUUUUCACCACCAAAGAACCAUGGCGAGUCCCCCGAAAAGAAAAUUGUUAGAAUGUUCAGUUCUUUUGUCUCCUCCAGGGACCCCGGAGACUCCGAAAUCGUUAAAGAAUCUUCAUGAGUCUCUGUCCGCCGUCAGCCCAUUUAAGAAGCCAAGCGAGAAUCAAAAUACUGCCGCUGCCUCAAACAGAUUUAACGCAACACCAUCAAAAAGGCGUGCUGUCUUAGCAAAACGUAGUGAAACGUGUGUCGUUUGUGACAGGAACAUCAACAAGGGGGACAGAAUAGUUGCUUUAGACGACUUGUCUGGAAAGUAUGGCUAUCGAACUAAGUGGGUCCACGAAGGUUGCGCCCGAAAUUGA